AUGCCUAGCCACAUCGCUCUUCGACACGCAAACUUUAUGUUGCCUUCAGCACCCCCUUGCCUAGCCACAUCUUGUGUCACCUUCGGGACCCCCGUGCCCAUGCCACAUCUUGUGUCGCCUUCGGCACCAUCGUGCCUAGUCACAUUGUUCUGCGACCCGCAAACUUUGUGUCACAUUCGGCACCCCGCCACAAUUAGGUGCGAGCGAUGCCUUCGGUCCCCCCACCAUCAUUCGAUGCAAGCGAUGCCUUCGACAUCCCAUCAUCGAGCGAUGCCUUUGGCACCAUGUCAUCAUUUAGCCCAAGCAAUGCCUUCGGCACCUUGUCACCAUGUGGCUCAUGCGAUGCCUUCAGCAAACCUCUCUGAUUAUAGACCAUGUGUGGUAGAUGACAUUGGACAACAUUGCCCAGCCUUGAAGGGCUAUACAUGCACCACCAUGCACUACAGCACAAAGCAGGGAAUAUGCCAAGGACCCACAGCUGCUGUUCGGCAGUUUCUUUCUCUCAAACUCAUGGGACUUGUUCCACUCUCUGUUAAAGCCACAAAUACUGAUAUGGCACCAAGUGCGUCACCCUUGUACCAAAGCUUCUCAAACAAACUUGACAAACCAAAAACAAAACUACUUUGCAUGGCUUGCAUGGCCAAGGAAGCCCACAUGCCAAUCCAAGGGGCAACCCACAUGGUCCAUUUCCAUGAACAAAAUACAAGGACCAGAUCGGCACCCAAUGCUUUGAGCUCAUCUCCAGUGGCGGAUCCACAUAGGCGCAAGGAGGUGCAACUGCACCUCCUCUUGCUAGAAAACGCUUUGGAAGUGGCAACGAUUGCCCCUUCUGCUUUGUCUGAAGGUGUUGGCUGCGCUAAGAAGAACCUGCUGCGUGAGGAAGAAGAUGAUUUCUAA